UCUGAUUAUGAUCGUGUGAAGAGAUCGUCAAUUAUACCGGAUAAACGACAAUCUAUGAGGAUUAAGAGAGGAAUCUUCAUUAAUUGUCGAAAUGUAUGAUAUAAUAAAAGAGAGAAUUCUAUAAGAUUCUUAAAUAGUAAAGAAAUUCUUCGUUUGUUUGAAAAAAAAGAGUGGUUAUUCAACGGCAGACGAAAGCUUCGAAGUGUUGAUAUAAUCGUUGAUCUAACUUGAUAAAUUAAUCGAUCGUUUUGAAACCUGGAAGUGGCAGCUCGCGAGUUAAUGCCGCGUGUAAGGACAGAUGGAUUCAACGAAAAUCAAGUCGAAACCGAAUCCGAGGGAGAAGGCGAACAUCGUGUCGGUGUUACUUUGGUGGUGGACCAUUAGUUUAUUCAAGACAGGAUACAAAAAAGCUUUAGAAAUAGAAGACUUAUUUGAUCCUUUGAAAGUCGAUCGAUCGACGUUGCUCGGAGAUCGAUUAGAAAAACGAUGGAACAUCGAGCUAGAAAAUUCGAAAAAAUGGAAACGCAGUCCAAGUUUGUUAAAAACUAUUUUUCGUACAUUCUUGUGGGAGUACUCCAUGCUAGGAAUAAUACAGAUUCUCAACGAAUUCGUGAUAAGGCUAGGUACGCCAUUGCUAUUAGGUGGUCUUCUGCGCUACUUUCGGAAGGAUUCAGUUGAACCGUACGAGAAUGCUUUGUGGUUUGGAGCUGGUAUCUGUAUUGCAACCGGCAUGAACGUCAUAAGCGGCAAUCAGGCGAUCUUCGGCGCUUUCCACGUGGGUGCCAAGGUUCGCGUGGCCGCAUGUUCCGUGGUGUACAGAAAGGCUCUACGUCUGAGCAAAACCGCAAUGGGCGAGACAGCACCCGGAAAAGUAGUUAAUCUGGUGGCUAACGAUGUCAAUAGAUUCGAUCUCGUCUCCAUCUUUAUUCAUCACAUGUGGUCGGCACCUCUUUCCGCCCUGAUCGUGGCUUAUAUUCUCUAUCAGCAGGUCAGCUAUGCUGGCCUCAUCGGUAUCGCCGCCGUCUUCGUCGUCGUACCAAUUCAAUCUUACACCGGCAAGCUGUCAUCAAAGUUUCGCCUUCAAACUGCUAUCAAGACUGACGAGCGAGUCCGACUGAUGGACGAAAUCAUUUCCGGAGUGCAGGUGAUCAAAAUGUACGCAUGGGAGAAGCCGUUCUGCGCCAUGGUCGAGCUAGCGCGUAAACUUGAGCUUCGAGUGGUCACCAAAAGCUCGUACAUCCGCGGCAUUUAUAUGACCUUCAAUCUCUUCACAACUCGUAUGGCGCUCUACUGCACCCUCAUCGCCAUGCUGAUGUUCGGCGACAAUUUGACCGCAGAUAAGGUCUUUGUCGUUUCGUCUUAUUUCAAUAUUCUCGCACACACUAUGACUGGCAUGUUCGUACGCGGUUUCGCUGAGUUGGCUGAGUGUAUGGUGGCUAUACGUAGGCUUCAGAGUUUUCUUAUGUUCGACGAGUUCCAGGGCAGUAACAUUGUUGUCUCCAAGGCGUCCAUCAGCUACGCCAAUUCAGAUCUUAAACGGUUCUCCAAAUCGGAUCUGCCCUACAUUGAUGACGACGAUGUGAAUCAGCUAGAUUCACGUGGAGAGAAUUUGGAUGAGAACAGAAAACAGAACGGUCUAUUGAUUGUUGCCAGUGACUUAUUGAAAAACACUGCUAAUUUUGUAGCAGAAAAGAAACAACACGAUACGACCUGGGCCAUCAACAUGAUUAAUGUUACCGCCAAAUGGGAGGAGAGACAAUCGGAGAACACUCUGGAGAAUCUGAAUCUGAAAAUAGAAAAGGGCAAGCUGUAUGCGGUGAUCGGCAUGGUGGGUAGUGGCAAGAGUUCUUUCCUGUCCGCGAUUCUCGGGGAGAUCAGUCUAACGGAAGGUCAAGUGAAGGUCAAUGGCGGCAUCAGCUACGCCAGUCAGGAGGCCUGGGUUUUCGGUGCCACCGUCCGACAGAACAUACUCUUCGGACAGUCUUACGAACGUCAACGAUACCAGAAAGUGAUCAAGGCUUGUGCCUUGGUACGCGAUUUCAAACAGUUCCCGCAGGGUGAUCAGACCGUUGUGGGUGAACGAGGUACCUCACUGUCCGGUGGCCAAAAAGCUAGGAUUAAUUUGGCUAGAGCUCUGUACAGACAGUCGGACAUCUACUUACUGGACGAUCCUUUAAGCGCGGUCGACGCACAUGUCAGCAAGCAUCUAUUUCAAGAGUGCAUUCAAAGAUAUCUUGCCGGUAAAACGAGAAUCUUGGCAACGCAUCAGCUGCAAUAUAUAAAGGGAGUGGACGCCAUUAUAUUGCUCGAGCAGGGAAAAAUGAAAUACUUUUCGCAUUAUCAGGAUCUAUUAGAAUAUCGACCCGAGUAUGGAAUACUCCUGGCAGCGGAGAAUGAAGCGGUUGAUGAUUCAUCUUUAGAAAGAAGUAUAAACAUACGACGACAGUUUUCUUCUUCGAGUAACAGAAGUCGAACUCCGGAAGCCAGUAGCGGCGGCACUGAUGAUGAAGAGGAAGACGAAGAUCCUGAAAAAUUGAACGAUGGUCUUGAGGGAACAUCACGUGGCAUGGUCAAGGGUCCUAUAUUUAUCAAGUUCUUCCAAAUUGGUGCCAAUUUGUAUAUGGCUUUUGUCGUUCUGUUUCUAUUCAUCAUUACACAAUUCAUCGUCAGUUUCAACGACUACUUUGUGCCUUUCUUAGCCAAUUUUGUGGAAACGCGGAACUACGAAGCCAAGCACUUUAGUCCGAAUCAAACGGAAGACGUUUACAUUAACACGACGAAUAUAUAUGAACGCAAUGCUAUCGAGGAUGAAUCGUUGAUUAAUUACGUCUACAUCUACACUGGCAUCGUGCUAGCUAUCUUCGUUGUCGGCAUCACCAGAUCAUUAGUUUUUUACAAGACAUGUAUGACGUGUAGCCAGCGCCUACACGAUAUGAUGUUUAGUGCGUUAAUUCGUACAGGAAUGAGAUUUUUCGAUACUAAUCCGAGCGGUAGGAUUCUCAAUCGAUUCUCUAAAGACAUGGGCGCAAUUGACGAAUUAUUGCCUAAAGCGAUCCUAGAUGCCGGUCAGAUGAACAUGUUGAUGUUUGGAUCGCUGAUAGUGACCUGCGUGGUCAAUCCUAUCUUCUUGGUGCCCAUCGUGAUUAUCAGUGGGAUAUUCUAUUGGAUCCGCAAGGUUUACCUGAAGACCAGCAAAAACGUUAAACGACUGGAGGGAAUAACACGCUCGCCGGUAUUCACUCACUUGAAUGCCACAUUGAAUGGUUUGACGACCAUCAGAGCAUAUUGUGCUCAGGACAUAUUAAAACGUGAAUUCGACAAGUUGCAAGAUGUACACACAUCUACCGCUUACAUGUAUAUCGUGACUAGCACAGCAUUCGGAUUCUCUUUGGACAUAUUCUGUUUUCUCUUCACUUCGCUCGUUACUUUUAGUUUCUUGUUACUCGAUCAAUCAUUUUCCGGUGGUGAAGUCGGUUUGGCCAUCACACAGGUAAUGGCAAUGACCGGAAUAAUUCAAUGGGGGAUGCGACAAAGCGCGGAGGUAGCAAACCAGAUGAUGGCAGUGGAACGUGUACUCGAGUACAUUCAACUUUCGGCAGAACCGAAUUUAAGAGAUCGGGGGGCGUACGUGAAGAAAAAGGACAAGCAUUUGGCGCUUCCGUCUAAUGUUCCCAAAACCUGGCCUGACGAGGGUUGUAUUAAAUUCAAAAAUGUCUAUAUGCGCUACGCGGACGAGGACCCACCUGUCCUUAAGAGCCUGAAUAUAGUGAUUUAUCCUGGAGAGAAGAUUGGUAUUGUGGGAAGAACAGGGGCUGGAAAAUCGUCGCUAAUAUCAGCAUUGUUCCGAUUGGCAAAAGUGGAGGGAAUCGUCGAGAUCGAUAGUGUGGACACGGGUACGAUAGCCUUGGAGGACUUACGACGCAAAAUAUCCAUCAUCCCUCAGGAUCCCGUAUUGUUCUCAGGUACUCUGAGACGUAAUUUAGAUCCUUUCAAUGAAUUUCCCGACACGGAUUUGUGGGAGGCACUUGAAGAGGUUGAGCUAAAAGAAGCGGUUGUUACUAUCGGAAAUGGCUUGGAAAGUCGCGUGUUUGACAGAGGCAGCAAUUAUAGCGUUGGACAGAGACAACUGGUAUGCUUGGCGAGAGCUAUCCUGAGAAACAAUCGUAUAUUGAUGCUGGACGAGGCAACUGCGAACGUAGAUCCGCAUACUGACGCAUUAAUUCAACGGACUAUAAGAAAAAAGUUCGCGACAUGUACGAUGCUCACAGUGGCGCAUCGACUGAACACUAUAAUGGACAGCGACAAGGUUUUGGUGAUGGAUAAGGGUCGUAUGGCUGAAUACGAUCAUCCUCACAUAUUACUGAAAAACAGCUACAGUCAGUUUACUUCAUUAGUAAAGGAAACUGGCCCAGGUAUGUAUGAUCAACUGGUCAAGGUGGCGAAGCAGGCCUAUGUAGACAAAUAUGGAGAAACAUGACGAAGUAUUGAUGAAUUCUGAUAUAAUCUUUCGUUAGUUAAAUUUCUUAAGAUAAAAGCGAAUUGCUUAAUGUGCCCAGUAUACUUAUGACGUAGAAGAUGUAUAAAGCGUACAGAGUGUAACAUGUAGAAAAAUGUUUGUAAUGUAAUAUUUUUAUAAGACCAAAGGGCCAAAUCAUCUUUCUUUGCGACAUCACGAUACUUUCGUUAAGUAUCAUAAUGUCGUAAUGCUGAGCGUAGCAUGCGUCUGAAGAAUUAUAUUUUUGUAUCGUUUUUAAUAAGAUUAUAGGGAAAGCAUUCCCUUGCCGUAAUAUCUAAUACAAGUUUCUGCCACGAGUAACAAUAUGAAGUUCUGUAAUAUUGUUAUAUUUUUCUAUUCUACAUUUUUGCGUACUUCAGAAAUUACGAAUAUACUUAAUUCUUGUGAUAAAGCGAACACGUACGUCAAUCAAGGAUGAACUGUGAGUCAGUGAAUGAUGAAGCGUGAUUUAGCAUAAACACGAAAUUGUAUGUAAGAUAAUAUUCAUGCACACACACAGUAAACUUGCUGUGAUCUCUACCAAUAUCCAUCAUAUAUGUUCCGAGCCAUAAAAGAUCUUAU